AUGCGUCUUUCACUCCUUUCUCUCAUACCCAUCGCUCUCGCGACUCCAGCAGUUCUUCUGGAGCCUGCUGAGAAGCCUGUGUACUGGCUUCUCGCUGGAGACUCUAUAACCGCACCAAAGCUUGGAUGGGGCAAUUCCUUUCUCAAUAACACAGUUCCGAGUGGCUCUUUCGGUCACAACUUCGGGCACAGUGGUGCAACAACCGCGUCUUUCAGGACGUCUGGCGACUGGGGUAAUGUCACCGCGAACAUAGGAACUCACAAGAACCGAUUUCGCGUUUACGUGACCAUGCAAUUCGGACACAAUGACCAAAAGCCUGAUUCUGGUGUUUCACUUCAAGCUUACUCUACAAAUCUCGAUAAUUUUGCGAAGGAGGUAGUCACUGCGGGCGGAACACCUAUCUUAGUCACCCCUCUGACCCGGCGCUCAUUCAACAGCACGACUAACCGUGUUAUCGAGAGUCUAUCGAAACAACGCGAUAUCACCAUCUCCGUCGCGAACUCCGGGCAUUACCACUUCAUCGACCUCAACAAGGCGUCGACAGACUACGUCAAUGCGAUUGGUUCGAAAGAGGCUGACAAGUACAACUACAUUCCUAGCGAUCACAUCGAUCGGACGCACCUAACCAAGGCCGGCGCUAAUGUUUUCUCGAGGAUGGUGGCCGACUUGAUCUUGACAAAAUACCCGAAGGAAUUCAACGGUUUCAUCAAGAGAAACGAUACGCUCAGCGCCCUGAUUGCAGCGGGCAAGCCUGCCUAA